ACGCGGAAGGAGGAGGGGAAUCGCAAAAGGCGCCUCCAGAAAUUUCUCUCCUCUCCUCUUCCCCCACCGCGUCGCCCCAUCUCGCCGCCGCCGCCGCCGCCGCCGCCGCUCGCCGCCGGUUCGGAGACCGCGUCACUGAUUGGCCUGCCUCUCCUCGCACCGGGGGUUUUUCCAGCGCCCAAAUCUCUCGGCGGGGACCUCCAUGCCGGCGGUGGAGGGGAUGCGGGACGUGGUCGCCACCGUGAGCGGCUACCACGGCGACGAGCGGCACAGGCUGGUCAGGCUCAUCGCGGAGACCGGCGCGAGCUACGUCGGCGCCAUGAGCAGAUCCAUCACCCACCUGGUGUGCUGGAGGCUUGAGGGGAAGAAGUAUGACAUCGCGAGGAGGCUUCGGACGCGCGUCGUCAGCCACCGGUGGUUCGAGGACUGCCUCAAGGAGGGGAGGCGCCUCCCCGAGAAACCCUACAUGCUGGAAAGUGGUGAAGAAGCAGGGCCAGUCCCUGAGCUGCCCACUUUCCCGCGUUCACGAUCCAAGAGAAAUGCAAGCAUGGAGGAUAGAUGCUUGAAAGAAUUACCUGAUGAUUUCUGCAAUACUUCAUAUGCGACCGAUGUGCUUGUGGUUGCUGAUUCAGGUUCUGAUUGCAAUCAUCAGCGAUGGUCUGAUUCCUCCCUACUGAAAGAAAAUUUUGUUGGUGAUCGCGAUAAUUCUAAGAUUGGUGCAACACACGUGAAGGAAAGAAGAAAACGUUUAAAGCAUGCACAAAAUUCAACCAAUGAAGAUGCACUAGAUGCAGAAGACAAUAUUUCUAGGCUCAUGGCAAGACAAGGGCGUUAUGAGUCAAGUUAUACUUCAUCUCGGAGCGCAUCAAAUCAGAAGGGAGAUUUGUUAAAGCUUCUGCAUAAUGAUGAUGCUAGCAUGAUGAGAAAAAGAAAUAGUCUCAUGAAAAAGGAAACAAGAACCAAGCUUGCAGGCUAUCUUAUAGAAAGCUGUGAAAAUGGAAGUUUGACAGACAGCUUCGAUGAACCUCAAAUGUCGGAUACUCCGCCCACUGAAGAUCGAAGAAAAAUAAGGAAGACAAGACUGCGACAAAGUACGUUGGACAGUAUAUAUGAUUAUGGUGAAGCCAGUGAGCAUGAUCCUGAAAAAAGUGAGGAUCAAGAAAAUUUUGAAUUGGGUGAAAGUUCAAGAAGCUUUCAGUCAAGUGAUUCAUCCAGACAAGAACCAGCUUUCUGUACUGAGAAAACAAAUCAAGGAAGCAUUGACAUUGCAGCUGAUGAUGACAAGGGAGAUGAUGAGAAAGCCACUUUGGAAGAACCAACCAGUUGUCAAGGGCAAGCUGAACUUUCCUGUGUCAUUUGCUGGACUGAUUUUUCAUCCACAAGGGGCAUCUUACCAUGUGGACACCGAUUUUGUUAUUCAUGCAUUCAAGAAUGGGCGGAUUCUCUGUCUUCUAGGGGAAAAGUUUCGACAUGUCCUCUGUGCAAAACAAGUUUUGCCUGGAUCAGUAAAAUAGAUGAGGCUGGUACAUCUGAUCAAAAGAUAUACUCUCAAACUAUACCUUGCUCAACUUCUACCGACACUUUCAUAUUUGAUGAUAGAGUCUACGGCCUCCCAGAAUCACCGUCUGGGCAAGGGGCAUGUUACCAGUGCCACUGUCGUGAGCCUGAGGAGCUUCUUCUGAGCUGCCAUGUUUGCCGGUCUCAAUGGGUACACUCGUAUUGUCUUGAUCCUCCAUUGACGCCAUGGACGUGCAUACACUGCAGAGAUCUUCGGAUGCUCUAUCAGCGUUAUCGCUAGUCUGAACUCUGAAACCUGGAUAUUCGUUGAUUAGAGGUUAUAUAUGGCUUUCGCAUUUGAAAUGCAUCUUCUCUGAGCUGAUCAUUUGCUUCAGGCCUUGUUAUAUAGGUUGAGAAUUGACAAUUACUGGCUUCAUAAUUGCAGUAUGCAAAUUGUUGUACUAAUUGUGAAGUUGUACUGUUUUUGGGUAAAUCUUACGUGCCCAGUCUACCAAAUUGGAGUACUCCCUCCAGUUCCAUUUUAAUUGACGUUUUGGACAA